AUGACGUUUACUAAGUUCCUCGAGCACUUCCUUCUUCUAUAUCUUCUUCUACUAUGUCCAAAAAUCACAGCUGACGAUGGUCAAAAUGGCUUCCACGGAGAGGAAAGAGAUGCCCUUUUGGCUCUCGUAGCCGGUUUUAGCAAUUCGUUUCUUCAUCAUAACUGGACUAAGGUCAUGUGUUACGAGAACGAUCCUCCCUACUGGUUUGGCAUUGAGUGUUUGAAUGGAAGAGUUACCGGAGUAAGAUUGGAAAAUUUGGGCCUAACCGGAGAAAUCAAAGUUGAUUCACUUCUCAACCUGACAGAGUUAUCAAUUCUGAGCUUCAAAGACAACUCAAUUUCAGGACCACUGAUGGGCUUCUCGAACAAUCAGAAGUUGACAGACAUUGAUUUAUCAGGCAACAGGUUUGAUGGAGCAAUACCGUUGUCCCUUCUAAAGCUCAAUUCCUUGGCAUCAUUGCAACUUCAAGCUAACAAUUUGAGUGGUUCAAUUCCAUCGUUUGAUCAGACUAGCUUGAGGGAAUUCAAUGUGUCUUACAACAAUCUUUCGGGGCCAAUUCCCAAUACUAAAGUCCUUCAAUCAUUCAACCGGUUUUCGUACGUUGGUAAUCCAAACUUGUGCGGCCCUCCAUCUUCCUCAGACUGCAACAGCAAAAAUGAUACGUCCGAUACUAACAAGUCAAAAAGUUCAAAGUCGUCUAAACUUGUUCCAAUCUUAUUAGUUGUUAAUGUUGUUGCUUUGAUCAUUCUUUUAUUCCUCUGCAUUAUUUUCUUUAAGAAGUAUAAAAACCUCAAGAAAAAACUGGAGGAAAAGCACGUUUUGGUCGGGGACGAAGAAAAGGAUGAGAAGAUUAAAAUGGAAACGGGGGGAAAUAGGGUAGCAGCUGAUGAAGUAGAGAAAGGGAAGCUUGUGUUCGUAAAUGAAGAUAGGAAAUUUGAACUUGACGAUCUCCUAAAAGCAUCUGCUGAAGGUUUGGGUAAAGGCAACUUUGGUAACUGCUAUAAGACUAUGCUGGAAAGGGGACCAAUUGUCGUAAAACGACUAAAGGACUUGAAACCUUUAAGCGGUGAAGAAUUCAUGAAACAAGUAAGACUGAUUGCUCAUCAAAAGCAUCCAAACUUGCUAUCUCUUCUUGCCUAUUACUAUUCCAAAGAUGAAAAGCUACUACUAUACAAAUUUGCUUCAAACGGAAACGUGUACAACCGACUUAAUGAGGGAAAGGGGAAACCAACUCGAAUUCCUUUUCGGUGGAGCUCAAGAUUAUCAGUAGCUCGUGGUGUAGGUCGAGCAUUGGAAUAUCUACACCUCAACACCAAGUCAACAAACGUUGUCCCACAUGGAAAUUUGAAGCUAUCCAAUGUACUUCUUGAUGAAAAUGAUGGUGUCCUUGUAACGGAUUAUGGGCUAACUUCACUUGUAGCAGCUCCACUGGCAGCUCAACGUAUGAUUGCAUUCAAAUCACCCGAAUACCAAAGUCACAAAAAGGUGUCAAGAAAGUCUGAUGUUUGGAGCUAUGGCUGCUUACUCCUGGAGCUGGUAACAGGGAGAGUUUCAGCUGAUUCAGCCCCACCAGGGACCAAUGCAGUUGAUCUUUGCAGGUGGGUUCAUCGCGCAGUCAGAGAAGAAUGGACAGCUGAGAUUUUUGAUGUUGAAAUAGCAGUUCAGAGAAGUGCCAAUCAUGGGAUGCUAAAACUACUGCAGAUUGCAAUGAGAUGUUGUGCAAGUUCCCCUGAAAAUCGCCCUGAAAUGAGUGAGGUUGCAAGAGAAGUUGAGAACAUAGUCGUAACGGCCGAUUCCGAAGAUGAGGAAGAGUUUUCAUCAAUGGAUCGAUCGCUCACGGAUGAAUCCAUGUCAACUCCAUCCAGGAGUACUACAACUUUAGACGAUCGACGAUAA